UCCAGACACAUGAAAGCAUAAGACAUUUGGCCAAAGUAUUAACACGCUAAACCACGACACGAUAUAUAAUACUCUCCCGGGCAGCCUCCAGGCUUAAACCACAAAUGAGCACCCAACCUUCUCAAGUUCGGCAACCACCGGCAACUCCCACCUACAUUUUACGCGGCCAUGCCGCUGCCAUCCAUGCGCUACAGAUCUUCCACCAGAACCUAAGACUUGUCUCUGGCGACGCAGACGGCUGGAUCGUCGUAUGGGAUCUAGUGUUCAAGCGUCCGCUAGCCGUAUGGAAGGCCCACGAUGGCGCGGUCCUCGAAGUCAAGGGAUUCACCUUCCGAAAUGGUGCUGUUACGGAAGUGUUCACACAUGGUCGAGACCACAAGUUACGCGUUUGGCGAUUCAGCGUCCAGGAUGAGGAGGUUCUUCAGAAAACCCUCCCCGUGGAUAUCACCGAGACAACAUCAUCAGCUGCCCCCCAGCCAUGGUUGGUGCAUUCGCUUCCAGUGAAUGCGUUGAAUUUCUGUGCCUUUACAAUGGUCUUUCUUCCCCCGAGUAGAUCGAACACGGAAGGCGUGCUGUCAGAGGCAUCUGGAGAGAACAAAUCGCUUUCAUCCGCGCUCAUCGCCGUUCCUAAUGCUUUGGACUCGGGCGCGAUCGAUCUCUUCCAUCUCCCACAGGAAAGACGUAUCUGCACCAUCCCCGCGGAUCCGGAAACGAAAACCGGCAUGGUGAUGGCGGCUAACCUGGUUCUGUCUGAGUCUGGGGAGUUGUACGUUACCUCUGCCUACGAAGAUGGCCACGUCAUGGUUAUGGGCUGUCGUGGGCCGUUGCAUGAGAAGGAUCUAGCGCAAAAUGCCAAGACAGCGUGGAAGUGGGAGAAGCUAUACGCCUGUCGGGCUCACUCUCAGCCAGCGCUAUCGAUUUAUGUCUCGCCCGCUGGUGAUUAUUUCUUUUCUUCAUCGGCUGAUGCGGUGCUGGCGAAGCAUCCGAUUCCGUCCCUGGGUGCUCCGGGCUAUCGUGAAGAAUCUCCAAUCAAGUCGAUCAAUACGAAGCAUGCUGGUCAGCAGGGGGUGCGGAUACGGUCUGAUGGGAAGAUUUUCGCGACUGCGGGAUGGGAUUCUAGGGUCAGAGUUUACUCGUGCAAGACAAUGAAAGAACUUGCUGUCUUGAAGUGGCAUAAAGAUGGGUGCUAUGCUGUGGGGUUUGCGGAUAUUGCUGGCUUCGAGUCGAGCGAGGCAUCGACUGGUGAGGAGAGGCAUACACCGCAAGACGAUAACGUGGACACGCAGCUUGCCAGACGUGCAGAGUUCUCGCUCGCAACGGUGCAUCGCCAGAGAAAUCAGAAAGUGCAAAACACCCAUUGGUUAGCUGCUGGGUCAAAAGACGGAAAGAUCUCAUUGUGGGAUAUCUACUGAUUGUCGUCAAUUAUUAU